GCGGAUCGGUCGCUAUGGAGAGGAGCUCCACAUGAGCGCGAGCUAGCCAGAGCGAGCAGGGACGAGCGAGGAGCGAAAGGAGGAGGACGGAGCAGAGAGUGAGCGCAGAGAGCGCACAGACACGCAGGAAUCAUGGAGAAAACAUCACCGCUCAGAGGGACUUUGUCGUCCAACGGACUGCGACUUUUAACAUCACUUCUCACCUUAUACGGACUUACCACAGGUGUGAGCAGUAACCAUGUGCUUGUUCCUGAGAAAGUGAAUGCAGUGCUGGGGAAGAAUAUCACACUGGCCUGCAAAAUAGAGAUGGGCUCUAACCUCAGCCUCACACAGAUCUCCUGGGAACGUCGUCUUCCUUCAGGCACCAUCACAUUAGCAGUGUUCCACCCAAAGUAUGGAACCUCGUUCUCUCCAGAAUACACCCAGCGCAUCUCUUUUGUUUCCCCUUCAAUACAAGAUGCUACCAUUACCCUUAGAGAAGUUGGCUUUGCAGAUAUCGGGUCCUACACCUGCAAAGUGGCAACGUUUCCUCUGGGCAAUACACAAGCUUCAACCUACGUCAACGUAUUAGUGGAGCCAAAGGUGUACGUGUCCGCCGGCCCAACAGCUCUGCUGGAUGGCGGGAAUGAGUCGCUGGUGGCCACGUGCAUAGCAGAGCGUGGCCGCCCCGCUGCUGAGGUUUUCUGGGAGACGGAGUUGUAUGGGCGAAGUGAGAAGCAGAGUCAUGAUGAGCCCAACAGCACCACCACUGUACAUGUGCGCUACAUGUGGCAGCCUCAGAGCUACGCCCAGGGGAAGACGCUUACCUGUGUGGUGCGCCACCCGGCCCUGCAAACAGAGUUCCGCAUACCCUACAUACUAAAUGUUCAGUUUGCACCAAUGGUAUCAAUAAUUGGACUCGACAAAAAUUGGUAUGUGGGUCAAGAGAAUGUGAAGUUUACCUGUGGUGCCAAAGCUAACCCACCUGCCCGUCACUUCACAUGGAUCAGGUUGGAUGGAUUGAUGCCUGAUGGUGUUGAGAUCUCAAACAACAGCUUUGCUUUCACUCGCCCGUUGGAGCGCAAUGACUCUGGAGUAUAUCGUUGUGAAGUGAUGAAUGACAUUGGUCUCCGCAGUCAGAAUGUAAACCUCUGGGUACAAGAUCCUCCCCCCACCACUGCAGCCCCCAGCACCACUGCAUCCCUCCUCCGUGACACCUCCGGAACGGGCACUGCUGCGGACCAGCAGAGAUCCCCGUUCACCUCCCCAACCCUGGCUUCCUUACCUGACAGCAGCCUGGGUACUAUAGUUGGCGGGGCAGUGGGUGGAGUUCUGUUCUUGAUCCUCUUGCUGAUCCUGGGUGGGGCGUGCUUUAUGCGCCAGCGCAGAACCUUCAGGGGAGACUACUACACCAAACAGUACCUGGGACCCUCCGACAUGCAGAAGGAGUCUCAGCUCGAUGUGCUGCAGCCACAUGAGCUGCAGGAGGUCUAUGGGGAUAAGACGAGCAAAGGCAGCCAGGAGCUAAAACCCAAACUGGGUGGAGACAUAAUUUACCCCGACUACACCCCUGAACGCAAGGACAGGGAUGACUGGGCUGACAGGGGGGAUGCCCACAGAGGCCUCAAGGAGGGAAACUACUACCCCGAUCACUACAACACCCAAAACAUGCACCCCUGUGGGCCCCCUGUGCACAGCCCCAUAGUGAACAACGGCUCCCCCUACCUCCCGGAGGACUGCUUUGACAAUGGCACAGACAGCGACUAUGUGUCCCACAUGGACGGAUCUGUGAUCUCACGCAGGGAGUGGUAUGUUUGAGGAAAGGAGCAAAGGAAAAAAAAAAAACAGACAAUUGACUGACUGAGAAUAAUUUAACAAGUGACAGAUAUAAAUAUCAUUACAGGUUUUGUCAUUUCAGUUAAAGGAUGAAUAAAAUUUCUUAGCUCAGUUUCAGAGUGAGCUCUUUGAACAGUACUGCUCUGCCUUGAUUGUAACCACUUAACCUUAAGGACAUGUUUGUGGAUUGUAUCACUCUUUUGUAGCAUUUCAAGGAGCUACAAAUAUGCUGGAUGGCCUCAGUGAUAUUAUCUGUGUAGGCUUAAGAGGCUUUGGCAUACAGUGACAUUUCAACUGAUGUGAAUGAGGUUUUGUAUUCUGCUUGUUUGUGUUUGCACCUGUCUUUAAAACAGGUCACUGGUCAGGCGUUCAGACCCUCGUUAGUGAAGUAUUUAUAUCCCUGACUGACUGAGCUCUGCUCCCAUAAAACCUCACAACUUCGGUGGCAUUUUAAAAGUGGUCUCUCAGUUGCUUACAGCGUUUUCAUACCGGCGAUAUGUUCAUCAUGGCUGCAACCAGUAUUUAAAGCAAAUUAUAUUGCAUGGUGUUUUUUAAAAACAAAACGUAUCAUCAAGUUAAAGGGAAAGUCACAUGAUUAAAAGGGAGAAUUACACAGGCAUUGUACCGAGGGAAAUGAAAGCUGACUGAUGCUACAGCAGUACAUUACAAAAAAACACUGCCCCUUUGUAAACUUUAGUGAAGUUAUUCAGUAAUACACUUUGAGUAUCUUCUAUUAAUCAUUCAUGAAGAGGCAAGUCUGUCACCUGACAGCGAGAGACAGAGCACUCCCUAUUGAAGUAAUUUAAGUUCUGCUUCAGUUCAGCUCAACCAAACAAACUCAUGGUGUUUGGGUUAUUAAUUCUUUGGAAAAUAGUUCAGUCAUAGUUCAGUUAUACUUCAGUUAUCUUACUAAGAAGUUGGAGGUGUGCAGCAUGUCACCCGCAGCUCCUAAUUGAAUAGUUCAAAUCAUCUGCUGACAAAAACAUGUCAAAAAUGAUUGUCUCUUUUUGGAGACACACUUUUCAUGAACAGUAGCGGUGCAGAGACAAAUACUUUGUGUCUCCUGUGGCUGUUUCACAAUAAGAGCUGCCCCAUGUUACACCAGAGGAAUGCUUUUAAAGUGAAGCAGCAGCAGCAGAAGGAUGUUUGGUUUGUAUUAGCAGUGACUUAAUGCAGCUCUGACGCAGUUUAAAGAGAGCACGCAGUUUACAGUAGCUGAUGAAAUUGCGUUUACAUGCAUGCACCGUUUUUCUGUGAAUCCCUUGUGUUUAGCUGAAUCCAGUGCAGGAAUGGCAGACUCUGCCGCCACCGACAAGAACUACUAUACAGCGAGAUAAUUACUGAAUGUAAACUCAUUAAAAGGCUACUGCGGAAAAAGUGUCAACCACAAAUAGUAUCAAAAAUGGGGUCUGAUUUUAUGAAAAUCUUACGGAUUAUAACUGUAAUCUAAUACACUAUUAUCAGUAUUGACAUGUGUUAAUGCAAUCACUUUUUUGCGGUGAAGUAGCACAACGCUGUUAUUACAUUUGUCAGCAAACAUCAAAGGAAGCCAGCCAGGCCUUGGCCUUCUCUACUUAGCCAUGAUAACAGGCUGCAUCGCUGUCUUUCCCAUUUUCCCUCAUCCUUAUCCUCUGAUUUCUGUCUGCGAGACUAACACCAAUUGGUCAUUAUAGUUUUUUAUUUAAACACGGGAUCAAAGCAAUGUGUUAUAAAUACCAGAUGCGACUAUAACAGCUGUCAUCAUCUGACAUUAUGUGGCUCCAUAAACCGCCAACAGUUUCACUGCUCCCGCUCGACACUCCCCUGUCAUGAUACAUGAUGAUAAAUAAGCAAAAUACUUAUUGAAAAACACAGAAAAGGAGCGGUAAUAAACCGAUCCUUCAGCUUUAGUUUGUAUGUGUUUGAAGUAUGAUUAGUCAAAUACCUUGGAAACCUUGUGAGAGUCUGACAUCAGUGCUGAUCACAGAACAGGCUUUAAUGUUGGGGUUUGGCUCCUCUACAGCUCCUCUGAGGAUAUACAGCGAAAAUGGAAACUAGAAACUUUACCCCACAAGUGAAAAAAUCAGUUUGAGAACCAUCUAGGUUAAAGCUGUCUGUGUAAUGGCUCCCCAAGGGAUUUAUAUAUUUUUUUUCUUUUCCUACAAACAACAAACCCAGUGACAUUAAGUUGAAACAAAAGAGUUGACAUCAUCAGUGAUCUCAUCUCUCACGGCUUGAUUUGACCUUGCACUUUUCCACUUAGUGCUUCCUUUUUUUUGUUUCCUCAGGAAUGAUACAUGGAUCAAAGUGGCCUCUGCAAAACCUCACAUGAAAGGGAAAACAUACCCUUUUUGGAAAGAUCCCCUUUAAAUCAAUCAGGGUGUUUGUUGUUAGAGUGAGGAACCAUAUAUGUAUAUCACAGUGAGAUCGGGGUGGGGUGGGGUAGGGUGGGGGUAUAUUUUGAGGUCUCCUUCUUUCAUAUUGGGGUUUUAUAGAUUGUGGGUGCACUUUUUUUUUCUUUUUUAACCCUUCUCCACCCUUGCUUUCCCAUGCCAGGGCUUUGGUCGAAGGUUUAAGAUGUCUGAGAAUAAACUACUUUAAUCUCUUCAGCUAGCUCUCACUCUCAUCGUCGCACACACACACACACACACACACACACACACGCACCCAGCCACCACACAUCUGCCACUGCUGCCCACAUUCAAAGAGCAGUCCUCACCUCAAAUCUUUAGCUUUUUAAUUAACUUUUUUUUCUUCCCCCAUCUCACUUGGCAGAGAAAGUGCUUGAACCCCAGUGAUACAGUAUACAGCACAUCCAUGUCUGCAUGCACACAUUAUUUUAUUUAAUUUUUUAAACAGCUGACAACUUAUUUCUUAUUUGGUAAAGUCGCUCCAUGCAAACUGCUGUCGUCUCUGAUCUUUUCAUCAGUUUCUGCCUCAUCUCUAAAGACUGUUGUUUGACAAAAGCAAAAUGAGCUGAAGUGAUGAAUGUUUUUUUUUGUAUCUUUUUGGAUCAGUUUUUGGUCAACUGGUUGCAUGUAAAUUAAGUUAUUCGCUGCCUACUACGCUCAUCAUUUCUCCAUCACUAAUGUUUAUAUACAUGUACAUAACGCUAAUAGGUUAGCAUAGGAUUAGCUGUUCUCUCAGUCUGAUUUAUAUGUUCAUGUACAGUUUGUUCUGGACUCCCCUACUGAAUAGUUGGUGCCUUAAAAGGGCUGAGCAAUGCACAGAAACUUUAAAAAUGACAAUUACUGAAAGGAUUCAUAUAGAUAUCAUAAUAAUAUCAUUAAGAAGAGGGCUGCCUGGUCCUUCAAUACGUCUUCCAUAUUGAUAUUUAAGAUUUGUUAUUAUCAAAGCAUCAGAAUAGACAAAAGGUUGAUUGUCAUGCCUUAUACACUUUGAGAGGACACAUGUAACAAGUUGGUUACUGAGAAAAUUGUAAUAAGUAUAGUUUCACUGGGAAUUGAGGCAAGCCAGAUUCGUAGAAAAUAUUAUUGUCCUGUAAAUAUGCUGGCUGUUUUCUUUUUUUAUUAUUAUUAUUAUUGAAAAAAAAAAAUCUUAUUUUUUUGUAUGAGGUCUGUAAUUUUCACAGAGUAUUAGUUUGUUGUACGCGCGUCCGAGGAGAUAACGUAGAGGGCGAUCCUGUUUUCACUGCAUUUUUGUAUUUGUUCUCGAGAGUUUCUGACCAAUUAUUUUGUAUGUUGUUCUUUGAAUGAUUGAUGUCUCACAGGAAUCAGAGAUGGAAGUGCGGUAGAUUGUAUUUUAUUCCUUUGUUUGCAAUAAAAGACCACCAUUAUUGCACUCAAA